AUGGAUAUCAAAGUCGCUUUAAUCACAGGUGGAGCCAGUGGAAUGGGCCUGGCCGUAGCCAAAGCUCUGUCCGGCUGUGAAACCUGGGACAUCCACAUCCUUGACAUCAACGAAGAGCGCGGAGCCCAGACAGCCAAAGAGUUACCCAGAACAAGCUUCCACCGCGCCGAUGUGACCAAAUACAGCGACCUUGCAGCAGCGUUCCAGAACAUUUUUCAGAGCACCAGUAAGCUAGACUUUGUAUUCGCAAAUGCUGGUGUCAUUGAGCGAAACAACUUCUAUGCUACACCACAAGCAGAGCAUAUCAAGGAUGUAUGCCCGCCACCGGAGCCGGACCUGCUCUCAAUUGACGCCGAUCUAAAAGGCGUCGUCCUCACAUCAUACCUGGCGCAGCAUUAUUUCCGCCACUCGCCUCACAGGGGCCAAGGUUCUAGCCUGGUGAUGACCGCCAGCUGUGGUGGACUAUACCCAUCUUUCUAUUCGCCGUUAUAUUCUGCAGCUAAAUUCGGCGUGAUAGGCUUCAUGCGGUCGAUCUCAGAGCACUUCCGCGCACACGGGACCCGCGUCAACGCCAUUUGCCCGGGCGUUGUACGCACCAACCUUGUUGAUUCAGCCGCCUGGGAUAGUUUCCCACCGGGCCGGUUCAUCGAGGUGGAUAGGGUGGCCCGCGUGGUCCUCGCGCUUAUGGAGGGCGGCGAACCGGCGGGCCAGGGGCUGACCGAUACACCCGGUAGACAUUUGUCUCUGGCAGAGUUGUAUGGAGUUGCGGUGGAGAUUUCCGACAGCGGGCUAUAUUUCCGCGAUCAGCAUGCUUUUUGUGAUGAGGGCAUGCAGGAAGUUAUGGCGGCCACGGUGGUCGAGAAUCAGGUGGGUGCUAUUCUUAACGGUGAUUAG